AUGACGAUCAUGGAAUGUGCUGGUUGUACAUUAAUUGCAUAUGGUGUACCAUUUUCAAUGUUUGUAUUUACAAUUGCACAUCAUCCAUUUCGUAUAAUUAUUUCAAUGACAAGUGCAUUUUUUUGGCUUAUAUCAUUACUUGUAUCAUCAUUACUUUGGUUUGCUGUAGUACCAUUACGUAAUCAACUUGCUUUUGCAGUACCAUUUGCUGUUAUAUUUCAAGAAAUAUUUCGAUAUUUAUUCUAUCGUGUUAUUAAAAAAGCAGAAUUUGCUUUACAAAAAGUACAAAUGCAAGAAUUAACAGAUAAAGGAAUGGUAUUUGAUCGAUUUGCUGUUGCUUAUGCUGCAGGAUAUGGUUUCGGUUUCAUUAGUGGAACAUUUGCUAUUGUUAAUGUGCUUAGCGAUAUGAUUGGUCCUGGAACAAUUGGUAUAUUUGGACAUUCGCAAGAUUUUUUUAUUGCUACAGCUUUUCUAACAUUAUGCAUAAUUCUUCUGAAUACAUUCUGGGGUGUUAUUUUCUUUACAUCACUUGACAAAGGUGGUAUUCAUCGACUUAUUGGACCAGGAAUUGUUGUUCUUACACACAUGCUUUUUUCCUGUAUUACAUUAUUAAAUCGUAAAUCACAACCACUUUAUUCAGUAUCACUUGCUGUUGGUUAUUCUCUAUUAAUUGGCAUGAUUAUAUAUACAUUAAUGUUACGUGGAUUUACAAUAAAUAAUAUUCGUCAACGAAUGAAUCGAGAUUAA